AUGGAUUUCAAGUACGACGACGCUCCUCAGCUCGCCGAGGGCCACGACCUGCCCGAGGCCUACGUCCAUAGGAAGAAGACGACCGGCACUGUUUGCGGUAUCUCGCUGGUUCUCUUCCUCUCCAUCAUCAUCGGCAUCCUGUCUGCGGCGGUCAUCGGGCUGGCAGCCGGUACUGGCGUCGCCACCAAGAACUACAACGAUGCAAAGUCCCAGGUGAAAGCCCUCAACGCUUCGCUAGUUGCUGCUCAAGCCGAGAGCACGCCUACUGGUACUACACCUUCUGCGACCGCCGCCCUCCCCUCCGGCACGCCCAACUUUAGCAACAUCACCAACGGCUGCUCCACCGACGCGGAUGAUGUUACCGGAAACAUUUACACGUCUCAAUUCUUUGGCAAGCCUCACUUCACCAUGUACUGCAACAAAGAUACCAUCAACCCGACCAUGCUCUCCGUGUUCGCCCCCGACUUCAACGGCUGCAUGGACGCUUGCGCCGCGUGGAAUUAUUAUAACACGACCAAGGGCGACUGUGUGGCCGUCUCAUUCAUUCCUGCUUGGGGUAACAUAGCCGUGGCCGUGGCCGGCGGCGCUCCCGGAGACUGCUACCUCAAGCCGGGACCUCAGACCAAGGCCAACUUGUCGACUCCUAAUAUCGGAACCGAGUGUCACGCUGCCAUCGUUCUGAGCUAG